CGGGGGCAGGCAUGGCUGAGGCGGGCAAUGUCGCCUCGGGCCUCGGCCUUCCAGGAGAAGUCUCCCAGUGGCCUCUGAAGCGCUAUGGUCGCUUCAUGCUCUUGGACACCGCAGAGUCGCCUGGGCCUAGCUCGGAGGAUGCUGUGGCGUCCUCGCCCACUUGGAAGGUUUUUGAAUCGAGUGAAGAGUCUGGGUCUCUUGUUCUCACCAUCGUUGUAUCGGGUCACUUCUUCAUUUCCCAAGGGCAGACACUACUGGAAGGAUUUUCGCUCAUUGGCAGCAAGAGCUGGUUGAAGAUUGUAAGACGCAUGGACUGUCUUCUGUUUGGAACAACAAUAAAGAACAAGAGCCGCAUGUUUCGUGUACAGUUUAGUGGGGAGUCCGAGGAAGAGGCGCUGGAGCGCUGCUGCAGCUGUGUGCGCAUCCUGGCCCAGUACGUCACGGUUCAGGCACCUGACAGCAUCGGCCAGCAGCGCCAGCAGAGCCCAGGCCCACCAGGGACAGGCGAAAGCCAAGGGAUGGACCCGCUGCAGCAAGGGCCUUACCUGAACCUGGAGCAGCAGGUACAUGUGGCAGCUGGCACUGGUGCUCUGGAGGGAAGAACUUCAGUGAUGCAUCUAGCUCAGACUAUCCUGGCAUCAGAGAAGCUGCCCCUAGCUUAUGAACAAUCUUCAUGGGGAGCAGAAGAGUUGCGCCCCUUUCUACGCUUAUGCCUCAUGGAUCAAAACUUCCCAGCAUUUGUGGAAGAGGUGGAGAAGGAACUUAAAAAGAUCACACAGAGCUAAGAAACCAAAGUCCUGCACACAUAUGAAAUUAAGGAACUGAAAAUAUUUGAAUAAAGAGUAUUAUUCCAAGCACCUUUUAUCAUUGUUUUAUUG